CUCUCCUCAACAAAAUCGCUUCGUUUUUUCUCCUCCACAAUUCCAGAUUUCUCUUCAGGCAAUCCAUGCCAAACGUUGCCUCCUCUUAACUCUAAAAUCCCCCUCCCUAUCUCUAUAUCUUCACUGUUUCAUGGAGUGUUUAGCAUUUUCAUCCUUCUCAAUUUUCGUCCCAUGGCCCUCCUCUUCUUCCCGCGCUCUCUCUCAAUCGCCUGCGCUUCAAAAUUCACUGCUUGUCGCCGGAGAAAUCGGUGCAGUUGCUCUCUCUCUGCACAAGCACCUAUGACUACAACCACUGGACGUCGCAGUGGUAGCUCCGCGAUUCUCUGGUUCAAGCAGGAUCUCCGCGUCGAUGAUCACCCUGGCCUUGUACAAGCUUCUAAAUAUCCAUCUUUAGUUCCUCUUUAUGUUUUCGAUCGCCGGAUUCUUUCUUGUUAUUCUAAUGAAAUGCUAGAACUUGUUCUUUUUGCUCUGGAAGAUUUAAGGAAGUCCCUAAAGGACCAGGGAUCUAAUUUGAUGAUCAGGUUUGGGAAUGCGGAGAAUGUUGUGAGAGAUCUUGUACAGGAGGUGAAGGCUACUCAUAUAUAUACUGAAGAGGAGGUAGAGUAUCACCUGCACAAGAUAAUGGCACUUGUUCAAGAGACCUUAUUAAGGUUGCCUCUUUUGGAAAAGAAUCCAAAGAUGAUGCUGUGGCAGACUCCAUUUUAUGAUAUCAAGGACUUACCUGAAUCAUAUGUUGACUUCAAGAAACUUCAAUUGCCUAUAACUUCACCUCUUCUUCCCCCAACCUUACCUGGUGCAACAAUGGAGUUGGAAUGGGGUUCUCUGCCCACAUUGGAUGAGUUGAAGCAAUUUAUGAAUGAAAAUCCUCUGAAAUUGAAGGAGAGCUUGACUUUGAUUAAGGGGAUGUCAAUUGAGACUGUAUUGCAGAAGAAGCUGUCGAAGUUGAGGGAAACAAAUAUUAGUAAUUUGAAUUUCAAGCAAAGUCAGAGGAAUAGAGUGGAUAAAUCUGUUUUUGUCACACAAAACAAAAAUGUUGUGGGAGGGGGGACAAAUAGCAUACUGAACGCAUUGGCAGCAUACUUAAGAUAUUUGGAGGGAACAGCUCGAGAUGAUUGGCAACAGGUACAUGAGAAGUUGAGGGAUGCUGAAAGUAGGGAUGGUGCUUCUUUCUUCACGCUCUUUGGUCCUGCAAUUUGUCUUGGGAUUAUAUCCAGAAGGAGAGUUCAUUAUGAAGCAAUAAAAUAUGAGAAGGAACGAAAUGCUGGGUUUCUAUCACCCUUUGGAUAUUCAGCAACCACUGUUACUGCAGCAGCUGAUGCUGUGUGCUCAAUGGAGUGGUAUUGGCUUAUGGCUCUAAAAGGUCAAAUAAGUGAUGAAGGAACAUAUCCUAUUCGAAUAUGGCGAUGGAAUGGCUAUCUAAUACAGUAUACAGUAGUCGGUAAUGAAGGUCCUGCUGUUCUCCUUGUUCAUGGUUUUGGUGCAUUUUUGGAGCAUUACCGUGACAACAUACAUGGUAUCUCUAAAGGUGGAAACCGAGUUUGGGCAAUCACAAUUUUGGGAUUUGGCAAAUCAGAAAAGCCAAAUGUUAUCUACACUGAACUUCUAUGGGCUGAAUUGCUCAGAGAUUUUAUUAUUGAAGUUGUUGGAGAACCAGUGCAUCUCGUUGGGAACUCUAUUGGUGGCUAUUUUGCAUCUAUUGUUGCAUGUUUUUGGCCUGCUUUGGUCAAGUCAGUUGUCCUUAUCAACAGUGCUGGGGAUGUUAUUCCAGGAUACGGUUAUCUACAAUUCUCCAAAGAGAGGAAAACUUCAGUGGUCGCACGGUUGGGUGCUCAACUCCUUUUGCUUUUCUUGAGGUUGAACAUAAGAACAAUAAUGAAGGAUUACUAUCCAACGAAAACAGAGAGAGCUGAUGAUUGGCUUAUUAACAAAAUGCUGAGAGCUGUAUCCUCUUUAUUACUGAAAAUUUAUUUUAAUCCUUAUAGUAAUCUGUUAGGAUCAGAAUAUGUCUUCAUCUUAACAUGCAUUCAGUCCUUCGAUCCAGGUGUACUAGUGGUUCUGGAAAGUAUUUUCAGUUUGAACCUUUCACUUCCCAUUAAUUAUCUCUUGGAAGGUUUCAAGGAAAAGGCUCUAAUCAUACAGGUUCACUCUGGAAUGAAAGAUCCUAUAUCUGAUUCCAAGUCCAAAGUGUCCAUGCUCAAAGAGCAUUGUUCUGGAGUCGCAAUUAGGAAACUUGAUGCUGGCCACUGUCCCCAUGAUGAAAAACCCGAAGAUGUGAAUCCAAUCAUUUGCCAAUGGGUAGUGGCAGCAGAAAGCAAAAUUCUGGCGGGGAGCAUUUCAUAGUUUAUAGAGAAGCGGGUAGCCGCUAUAAAAUAUGUAAAACACGAGCGAAAAUAUCAACUAGCAAAGACAAGAAGACAGAAUUAACCAAAGGAAAAGCUAAAAUCCAGUCCUGUAAAUAAAAUAUACUUGCGGCGAAGGAUAAAUUUGUAGUUGGAGCAUUUAUAAUUUUUUAAUUUCAGCGUUAGUUUAAUGUGUUCU